CAACAUUUCCUAUAGAUGCAAAAUAUGCAACGUCUAAACCCAUGUAUAUAUUUUGCAAGAAAGCGUAGCAAGGUAAAUGCGACUCUGUGCCAGCUGUUUAUUGUUAUUCAUUUUAUGGUGAUUUUGCAGCGAAAGAUUAAAAUGGAUCAAGAUGGUGCACCCCCAACAAAAAAGGCAAGACAGGAACCGAACCAUAAAUGGACUGAGCGAGAGGUGUUGCUUAUAAUUGAUUUCCUCCACCAGGAGGAAGAUUUUGAGGCUCCAUCGGCUAAGUUUUUUUACAAACGUUUUCUGGAGAAAACGCAGUUAAAUGUUACUUGGGAAUUAGUACGGUGGAAGGUGCGGCAUUUGAAAUCUCUUUACAACAAGGCCAACGAUUGGCUGUCGGGUACUGGUGCAGGACUAUUGCAUAAAAGUGAUGGCGUAACCAUAGAAGAAAAAUUGGCUAAAACGUGCCCACAUUUCGAUAGGCUAAAGGAAGUGUUUGGUAAGAGGUUCGCAAACAUUCAGCCACUUCUAGUGUCCACGGAUGUGUCAAGUCCAAGUCCACCACAGCAUUCUCCUGCCAGUCCAACUAUUGUAUCUCCAAGUAGUCCUGAGCUAGUGAACGAAACUGCUGUUGACAAUUCAAGUGCCGCACCAGCUACAGCACCAGCUUCUUCCUCCUCGUCUAGCUUUCCUAGGGAAGUGGCACCCCGUACUGCUCCCAAACCGUCCAUUAGCCAACUAGCAGCCGUACAAAAAGAAAAAAUUGCUUUUGAAAAAAACAAAAUGGAAUUCGAGCGGGCAAAGUUUGAGAAGGAAAGUGAAAUACAAGAAAAGAAAGUUUCAGUAGAAGAAAAAAGACUCGAUAUUGAAAUGAAAAAACUAGAAAGUGAAGACAAGUGGAAAGAGAAAGAGUUAGAAUUGAAAAAACUAGAAAUAGAAAUGAAAGAGAGAAUUUCCAGAUACGAAAUUGAUAAGAAGUACAAAUAGUUUUCUUUUUUACUUAUAAAAAAAAAUACACUUGUGGUCAGCUGA